AUGCCUUACAGCUGUCAGCGUGAAAUGAAGAUAGUUCCUGUUCCGUUACCUCCCAGAAAGUCAUUCACUGGAGGAGUCCCGUCUGACUUGAAUGCUUGUGAACGUCCACGGGGUUUGAAGAUUUUGGCUGAUCCAGCUGGAAAGGAGGUCAAGCGCCCGUUGGUGAGUGAAAUGAAUGGAGGAACAGCUCUGGUACUUUCCCUAAUGUCAUCUGCUUCCAAAGUGAAUCAAGAGGCGCAGACUACAGAUCAUGGACCCUCUUCUGAGAUGGCCGCCUGUGAACAUCCUAGGGGUUUGGAGAUUUCUGUGGCUGAUCCAGUGCGUAAGGAGGGACAUUCGCCCCCAGUGACCCAAAAUCUCCUAAAGAGGUUGGCAAGGAAGCCUCCCAAGCCUCGCACGUUGGGUGAGGGCACUGGUGGUCGAGGGAAAGGAAAGGGAGUUGCAGAAGGCGGGAGUUCAAAGAUUUCUUUGCCAGAUGGAACCAAGGCAAACUACCCCUGGGUGAACAAAAAGUCACCUGAGUGGAUGGGACUGCUGCCUGGGUUGGCUCUCACUUUGGGUGUAGGCAGUGAUGGUCAUAGGGAUGGGAAGGGAGUUGCAAAAACUAACAAUGAAAAUGCUGAUGAUACUGGGAAGGGAAAGGAAGUCCAAAAGGGUGGCAAUGCCUCUAGAAACAAGAGAAAAUGCAUGGCAGAUGGAGGGCAACCGUGUAAUGCAGGAAUUGCACCAAGGAAGUAUCGCGGCGUGCGGCAGAGGACUUGGGGAAGAUGGGUAGCGGAGACUAGAGACUCUGAAACAGGCAAAAGGAUAUGGUUGGGAUCUUGGAAGACGGCGGAAGAGGCCGCCAAAGCUUUUGAUAAGGAAGCUAUCAAAAUGCAUGGACACAAGGCAAUCACCAACAUAAUCCCACCACCUCCACCGCCAACCACAGCAGGUAACAACUCCGCAAGCCGGAACAGGCCUCUGGCGGGAAGACUGGUGCUGUAG